GUGCAACCGUCUCAUCAGAUCGAUUUCGUCCGCCUUAGAGAGAAGAGAUUUUAUGUGGAAAUAUUUAUUUGUAUAAAUAGAUGUUAAUUGAAUUAUAAUAAAUUUUGGCAAAAUAUUUGAUAUAUGUUUGCUAAUUAAUCUUUAUUUUUCUAUUGUGAUAAAAAAAGUUUGAGUGAAUCAAUAUGUUAGCUGCUCCAUUCUGUCGUGAAGUGCACUUUGGUAACAUGUUGGCCUCGAGGAUGCAGUCACGCGUUCCUCGUUGUCUGUUCGGAACUCCAAAUCCCAAGGACACUGAUGAACUUUUGCACGAAUCUUUGGAUGCAGAUCGAAAAAGAUUUAUAAAUCGUUGGGGUGUUGAUCCAUGUACUGAAGAUAAAGAGAAUUAUCAAAGAAAUUUCGACAGAAGUGAUUCACGUUCACCAAGGAAAAACAAAUCUUUACCCUAUUCACGACAAACAUACAUUCAUGAUUAUUGGAGAUCACGUAAAAACGAUGGAAAUAAAAAGUCAUUAGUAUCUGCCAUGGACACAUCAAAAAAGCAACAAGAUGCUCAGAAAUUAAUGAAAUAGAAUUGCAAUAAAGAUAUAAAGUAGGAGAAAAUUUAUAAAAAGAAAAAUGUUGGAAAUGAAUAACUUUAAGAUGUAAUGCUAUCAUCGUGAUCCUCAAUUAUUUUAUUAUUAUUAGUUUUAGAUAAUUGUAUAUUUAUUUCUAUAUAUAUAUAUGUAUAUUUAGAAUUUAUUGCUAAGUAUCCUAAUAAUUUGUAUAGUUCUAUUCACAUAUCAUCUAAGUAGUUUUUGUAAAUAAUUUGUGAAUGAUAAGUGGAGGUUUAGAUGGAUUAUUUGAGAUUACAAAAUCAUUGUAAAUGUUUCUGUAAUUUACAGUUAAUACGACUUAACAUUAAAACUAACAAUAAUGAUGAUAUAAAUAAUAAACUUAUUGAAAUGAAAUGUCUCAACAAUGAAAUCCAUCAGAAGCCUGAAACGGUUGAUUCUUUAAUGAACCAACGAUGCAGCACCUCCAAAGACUAAUUAAUUGUUUAACUCAAGAUCAAUGAUGGAGAACAAUUCACACUCCUUAACUUAAUGUAAUUGUUUUCUUUUUCAAAUACUGUGUAUAUUUUAUUUUCUGAUGAUAUUUUAAAACAACUCUAGUCACUAAUUUUUUUUAAGUUCAAUUCAAUAAACAAUUCGUAUUUCAUUACAAAUUUGGUGUAUUUAAUGAUUCAUCCUUUCAUUUGACUACAUAAUUAUCGAAAUCAUUAGACUUUAUCGAGAAUAAAAGGGGUAGACUGCAUGCAUUAUAUUGAAACCACAGAAUAUUUUUUUCCCGUCUGUAUAGUCUAUCAUUUGGCAAUCCUAAUUGUACUACAACAGUAAAAAAACAUUAUCAUUAAUUCCUU